AUGACAUCCUCGCUCCUCAACCAUUCACCCACUUCCACCGAGGACCUCUUUCAACGUCACUUGGGAAUGCUCCCAACGGGCGAAACUGACACUUUGUCCCUCCCGCUAGCUUUGGCUCGCAUCAUCUGGUCCCCCACAUGCGAUCUGCACAAUCCACGCCUACAAUCCCAAGAUAGGUCCAAGACCGGUGCCCAUCAUCACCAUCAGCACAGUCAUCAUCAGCACCGCUCGUCUUCCUGCUGCUCGCAUUCUCACAGUGACGAUGACCUGGGCCUCUCGCGUUCGCAAUUUCACAAGAUCGGUACCGCGUUCGAAAAGUGUUGUCACGAGUUGCGACACUUCAUCCGUUGGGACCGAGACACCUGCCCCUGGUGCGUUGUCGUCAACGAUGAGGUGCACGACAAUGUGGCUCGUAAGCUCAGGGAGUUUGGCUUUUUCGAAGAUGCCACAGGCCAGCAUCAGGACUGUCUCUCUCGCAAGGCUAAUCCCAAGUCAAAGUGUAGAAGUGGAGUGCUUAGAGCAUCGCAGCCGGUCAAGACAAACAGCUCUACCACAGCUCCCACCAACUCUGCCGUAGGCACUCCUGCUGCAAAGUUCUCCCAAUCUCCCGCCAAACCUCCUUCCACGGCUGCCCUUGCUUCGCAGCCCGCAUCAAAGUCCAGCACGGCUACUCCUAGCGCAACUUCAUCGAAGGCACCUUCCUCCUCCUCCUCCCCAUCUGCGCCGGUUACCAAAAGCACGACCAAUUCUGUUGGCGAGCCUGCAGUCGCCUCUGCCAAUGUCACACCAACUAAAGCGCCUAUCGCUAAUUCGACUAGCAAGAACACGACGACGUUGACGCCUGCAUCGACGGCAAGAAAGCCCGCUUCUAGUAGAGAGCAGCAAAAGAAGCCCGAGCCAACCAUCUCGCUUUCUCUGCUGGCAGACUGUCGCAAAUUCGAGUCUUGUGCAGAAUCCAACGGCGAAAAGCGCACACACAUAUCCAACAACGCUUCGCUGAAAGAGGUCAUGCGUUCGCUCAAUCGUGCAGUGCUCAUCUUCUGUACAUCACAUCGCUACAAUCUCAUCUAUGCUGAGCUUGCCAGCCUGAUAGCUCUACUCAACUAUGCAGCUGCCUUUUACUAUGUCUAUGCAGACAGCAUGGAGGUGUACAUGGGAAAGUACUUUGAGAAAGAGGACAUACAGCACCUUUUCGGAGCCAUCUACCGGAAUCGGGCUGACUACAUCGAGACAGAGGAAUAUUGCACCUCUGGCUCUUCCUCUAACGUCAACGCUGGCUAUCCGAAGGAAAGGGCUGCACGGAGGACGGUCAUCCAGAACGAGUUCAACAAAAUGGUGCCGGACGUGACCGACCUACGAGAUGGAGCGCAGACGAUCCUGUUCACCUUUACCUGGAUCCACUACACGGCUUUUGCAGGUAUAGAUAAGGCUGUUGCGUCGACAUUGCAUACGCUCAUGCCGCUAAUGCAGACUAUCAUCAUCCGAACGACGCGCCAAGCCUACCACUUGCGUGGCUCUCUCAUUGCCGCAACGGCCAAAGGUGCCCUAAACGAAUCGACCCCUCCCAAAGGCUUAGAUCUGCAGUGGGAUCUGGUUGAACUCAGUAAUGCACUCCAGAACCUCUCUGGAUGUGAUGCUGCGCUGUUCGCACCGACUGCCUUCAGUGAGGAUCACAAGAAGAGUAAGAAGAAUGGCAGCAAAAAGCAGAAGAAGGGGACCGUCGGUUGGCCCGAAACUGUCGUCAGCGCGCCCUACACCGCAUCACUCUACACCGCAGCAGCUGCGGAUAUCACUUAUCGCUUCCUCAACAAGACAGUCGCAGCGGAGAAGUCGGGUCUUAUCCUGAAGCAGCCCGAGAAGGAAGUUUUCAAGAAGUGUAGUCCUUCCUGUAAAUGUCCAGCCCCCGAUGAAGAGCAAAAGCCGAUCGUUGAAGAGCUGGACCAAAGAACGACGCUAAUCGAACGCAAGCAGCGUGGUUGGAAGCCGCUGAUGGUCGCCGAGCAGACGACCACGGGAAAGAAAAAGAAGAACAAGAGCAAGAAGAAGAAAAAAAAGCAGAAGGAGCCCGAGACGCCACUCCAGAGCCUGGUUAAGGCUGGCAGCGGAUACAGGUCCAAGCUUGGUCUGGAAGCAUGGGACGAAGAGGAUGAGUGUGAAAGUGAUGAAUUUUUGGAAGAUGGGGUCAGCGAAAUCCUAAUGGGUCGAAUCGAUGAUGUCGCUUCAUACAACAUUCGAAAUAGUGCAAAGACGGAGAUCGAAACAGCGGUGCAGGGUAACAAGCAGGCCAAAGUUACGGCUACGACUUCUUUGCAAGUGGAACCUCCUGCUACAGCCGGGAACGGAGCGAAACCAAGCUUGGACGACUCCUUUGAGUACUGGCGAUCUUUGCUCACUUCAGAUACGUCGAGCAAGUCUGUCCACGCACCAUCAACAAUGUCGUCUGCUCCAAUCGACUCUUCUACUCCUGCCGGGAAUGCAGCGACACCAAGUAGGGGUGGCACGCAUGCAUAUCUGCGAACUUUGCUUACUUCCGCUCUCACAGAUCCGAAUGCCGCUCAGAAGAUGUAUGAGUCGAUUCUUCCCGUAGCAGAAGAGAUGGCAUCCCGCGUUUCCGCUUCCGGCAUCUUGACUGGGUCAAAUCCAGCAACCUCAACGCUCCCGCCAUUCGAUUUCCCUGAGCUCGACUCCGAAUCUCCCUUGACCAGUCUUCCCUCGUCCUACUCGCCAUCUCCCACUUUCCAACUCGGUUGGCAAGCGCCUGAUUCCAGCCCAUCUCAAGUUCUUCCCGCAUCUUCAGUCGAUGAAGCAUCAACAGAGAUACCAACCAUGCCUUCGGGGCUCAAAGAGUACAUGUACCUCGUGCAUGGCGACGUACUACAUGUGGGCGAGAUGUUCCCAGAGUGGGCUCGCUUCGCUUGCAACACAAAAGCACAAACGAUUAGAGAAGCCGGGCUUCUGGAAAGCGAGGAAUUCCUUCAUGCUGAGUGGAAGAGGCUAUACAAGUCGAGUAGGAGGACAGCGCCAAGAGGGUCAAGUUCUCACUCUUUCGGCUUCGGCUUUGGCCCCACGAGACAUCCUGCAGGGUCUUUGCAGCUAGGCUCUGCUUCAGCAAAGUCUUCUUCGUCUUCCGAACUGCCGAACCUUUGGCUGAAUCUUGAGGAAUUCAAGCCGAUUCCUCCUGCUCCUACAGGAGUUAAAGGCAUCCUUCUCGAGCUACUCGGUGACCGCGCUAUUCCCUCAUUCCUGGCUCACUUUGCCAGUAAUCCAUUCGCAGAGAGUCUACGGCAAUCAGGGCUCCUUGACAGAAAGGAGGAGGUUGUGUUCUACUGGUCCACCAUAUAUACAAGAGUGAGGACUGAGACUCCGUCUGCGGGAGAAAAAGGCCUUGGCCCCUUCACCCCCUCCGAAUAUGUUUCUUUGGCGACUGCUGCACCUCCAGAAGACUCUACAUCAAACGAAACGACUUGGGGACCAGGAUACCGGCUGAUUCCUUGCAAAUUCAAAGAAAUAGUCGAUGAGCUAAUCGGUAACGAUCUUCUUGGAGCCAUCUCCACCGCGCUUCUACCUCCGGAGCUUGAAGCAAGAUCGCUCAAUCCUUCGACCUUGAACGAAUCCGGUUUCCUCGGCAGCAAAGUCUAUCUUGAGCUGUUAUGGCGCGGCUGGAACGAUUUCAGGAGGAAACGACUAAAAGAGGAAGGUCGACCAACACCAGACCCAGCAUAUGGGAUCGACAUUGAUGAGCUCAAGGAGGAAUUGAUGCAUGUGAUAAAAUCGACGUGGAACGCGGCCAAGGUGCUGACCGAAGAACAGUUUGCGAAGGAUGCUGUUUUACAGCAAGGACAGAUCGUCGAGCCUUAUUCGAUCUGA